GGUACGCAGUCGACAUCGACCUCAAGGUUGCCACUAUGAAGGCGAUCGUGGCGCUGCGACUCUCCUGUGCGCUCACUGUGGCGCAACUGGUGAGCGGGACUGGUCAACAGCGACUAGUGGCAGUGUCGCUGGACGUGCGCGAGAAUAAGCUGGUCGCCCACAAUGACUCGAGCGCCAAGGACAUAAUCGCCGUAUGCGCAUUCAGUGACAGCCGACUAGACUUCGGGUGGGCCUCAGUGUUCGUGAAGACGGACGGCCGCUACAAGGACUCUCAGCAGGCGUUCGCGGCAGGCUACGCCGAGGGCUCGGCCACCAGCCUCAUGACUGACCAGCAUUAUGCCAACAUGUAUGCCCACUAUUGCGACCCUGAUCCGACGUUCUGCACCCGACUGUUUACUUUCUACAAGGCCAACUUGCAGUCGCUGCUCGAGAACGCCGUCCAAUACGGCUACAAGGACCCUUUCUGGCAUCAGGCAUAGCUGGCCGUCCUGCAGAUUUCGGGCAUGCAGCGGGGCUUGACCGGAGCAACAACUAUCCGCUACGACCCGUACGAGAUACCCACCGACUUCGAGAGGCUCGUGCUCCUGAACUUGCGCAAGGAUCUGGGUGACCUGGAAUGGGCGUUUGGCAUGCGCGGCACAAAAGCACCCAGAGACCUCGGCGUUGCCUUCUUCAAGACGACGACGGGCAACGCCGAAGCGAUUGCAGCCCACGUUUCAUGGGGCCACUACGGCGGCAUGAACAAGCUGCUCAAGAAGUACGUCUUCAACUACAAGCUACUGGCCGGCUCAGGCCAGCCUGUUCCCGCCACCGCCGUCACAUUCUCCGGUUAUCCUGGCAGCGUGUCCUCUGGCGACGAUUUCUUUCUCACCAGCACCAACCUGGCGGUGCUAGGCACAGGCGUCCGUAACCAAAAUAGCGACUUGUGGAGCCGGCUGACUUCCAACAACACCGUGCCGUCGGCAUUCCGCAGUCUGGCGGCAUCAAGACUGGCCAGGAGCGCCAAGGAGUGGAUCCACACGUAUUCUAGAGGCAGCGCAGGAACGGGAAACAGUCAAUGGACCGUAAUUGACUACAACUUGUUCAAGCAAAGAAUGAAGAAACUACCACAAGAUUUUGUGUGGUAUCACGAAGAGCUGCCAGGAUACUCCGUGUCCGCUGACGUCACCUCUGUGGUCGAGAGCCAAGGCUAUUGGGCUUCGUACAAUAUUCCGUUCUUUCCUACAAUCUACAAUGCUAGCGGCAUGGCAAGGCUAGCAGCUGAGCACGGCGACUGGUUCACCUACGACAAGUGCCCGCGCGCGCUGAUGUUCAAGAGAGGCUUCAAGGACCCGAGUGAUAUAGAACGAGUCUUGGACUUUGUCAGGUACAACAACUACGAGAACGACCCGCUGGCUGUGUGUGCCGCGUGCGAGCCAAAGUACAAUGCCGAAAACGCCCUGUCUGCUCGGAGUGAUCUGAACCCGUCGGUGGGAAGGUACCCGUUCUUCGAGAUGGGCAAGCGCCCGCACGGUGGAACUGACGCCAAGGUGGUGAAUUCGACUAUGAUGGCUCAUCACAGCCUCUGGACUCAGUGUGGCCCAACCCGGUACGAGAAACAGUCCUUCUCUUGGAGCUCGUCACCAUUCGCGUCUGUGCCGCACGCUGGACAGCCGGACGAAUGGAGCUUUCCACCAGCACUUAAAGAGUGGGCAGAAUGAUUGUUUGUACCACAUACGUUGUACAGCAAAAUUUGUAUGGUUCUGUCGACUGAACCCAGGGCGAAUGAUGAGACAGAUUCGUGACUUUUAUAGUGCUAAAUAAAAAGAAAAUUAGGAGAGCUUCGCACUAGUGGUGCCAAGCCUGGAGGAAGUGCGCAGCAGGGCAGCCUUCUUCGGUUCUCUCUUUUUCUCUCUUCUAUCAAUUUUUUGUAUGUCUUUU